AUGCCUAUCCGUGGGUCCCCUCGCGCUCAUGCAUUCAGCGGUCCUCGCCGUAUUGCUGGCAACAGCAGGAGAUCUCCCAGCAAGCGGAACAGAGGAGCUGGGAUUGUCACUCGUUAUCAUGAAAUCUCAGAGGAAUGGAACUCAUUCCGUCCUGUUAAACGUACGGCUGGUAUUCAGGAAGUGUACGACCCUGAGCAUCUCAUCGUCGGAGCUAGUCAUAGCAAAACUGCUAAGAAACUCAUUGAUUCGGAUCCCGUAUUGCACGAGAUUGUCGUUGAUGCCAUCCGUUAUGCUGCAACUCAAUUCCAUGCCCCUAAAGGGAGGGUGGCUCAGUUGAAGAAGGAUGUUGGAGGAAAUGAGGAUGCUGGUUUGGCGGGUUAUCUAGAUUUCUCCCGUUUGGUAUGCUCCUUCGUUCACACCCUUGCCAACGAGAGUGAUCCUAUCCACCGCGAACUACUCAACAGUUCAACUGUCGUUGUUGGGAAUAUGGGGUUCUGCGGUAACAUUCCGUGUUUUAGGUACAAGCUUAAAAUGGGCUUACCAGAGCACUAUGUUGAUCCAUACCGUGCCCUCCGUCGGGAUAGCGUAGACGAGGCUUCUCAUAGAAGGAAUGAUCAUUCCCUUUCACAGAAAGGAGGACGGACUUCGAAAUCGGCACAAGUUGAAGCCAUGGUUGAAGCUAAAUGUCGGCAGGCCUCACAGACUAAGGUUCUUGCACUGCGUGAGUGUGCUUUACGGUCGUUGCCUGAGGAUGCAACUGAUCUGGAGGGUCUACGGACGCUGGACUUGGCGUUCAAUCGUCUCACGACCGUACCUAAGGAGGUUGCAUGGCACGCCAGUUUGCUGAAGUUAAAUCUCAGCUCGAACCAAUUGCGAGAAGUCCCAGUUUCACUGGUUUUCCUUAUAAAAACGCUGAAUGCGCUCACUGAUGUCGACGUAUCGGGGAACCAACUACAGACCAUUCCGACUAAGAUCCUGUUCCGGGUAGCAAGCAAGACGUUAGUUACUUUCAAAGCAGAACAUAACAAACUCGUAGAGAUACAAUGGCCUGACAAGAGUGAUGACGGUGAUGGUGGUGGCGAUGAUGACGUGCAAUUGGAUCGACUCAUGCAAAUGGAUUUGUCGUAUAACCGUCUUUCAACUGUCCCAUCCGAGUUGUUCACGAACACAGCAUUAGUGGAUCUAUGGUUACAGGGCAACAACCCCGACCGGCUGAAUAAGUAUCCAUCAUCAACAUAUACUAUUAAAGACAUUCCUGGCUUCAACGAUUAUGUAGAACGACGUAAGCGGAAAAUUGACAAGCGAAUUGAUAGCAAUGCAGGAAGCAAGUUGAACCUUGCGAUGUGUGGUUUAGAAUGA